AUGCAUGGGCAGAACCUUCAAGAAGGCUCCCAGGCCUGCGACUUCUGUGCCAUCUCUUCCCGGAGGUGCCAGGAACACAGGGAGGCAGCCGGGGUCACCAUCUACACCGUCUACACCAAUGGUGUGACCCUUUUAGACCGUAAGAAAGCAGAGUUCACAGAGGUGGUGACCCCAAGGCUGCAUACCUGGCCCCAUGUGUGUGGCUGGAAGGAAAUGGAGGUUGCUCUGGUCAACUUCGAGAACUCAGAUGAAAUCCAGGAAGGGCCAGGCUAUGCCGCAGACUUUGACACAACCAGCCCAAAAGGCCGGCCUGGGAGCAGCCCCUUCUCCAACUGGAGGAUCCUCAUCGGCGACAGCACCAGUCCCGAGACGGCCUUCUGCAGGCUCCCGGGAGACUAUGUCGAUUCCCCAGGGCCGGAGCCAGUGGUCUUGAAUGAAGGGAACCAGCGGGUGAUCAUCAACAUUGCUGGGCUGAGGUUUGAGACCCAGCUCAGAACCCUCAGUCAGUUCCCUGAGACCCUCCUGGGAGACCGGGAGAAAAGGAUGCAGUUCUUCGACUCCAUGAGAAAUGAGUAUUUCUUUGACAGGAACCGGCCCAGUUUUGAUGGAAUCCUGUAUUAUUACCAAUCAGGUGGGAAAAUCCGGCGCCCUGCCAAUGUCCCCAUCGACGUCUUUGCUGAUGAAAUCUCCUUCUAUGAACUGGGUAGCGAGGCCAUGGACCAGUUCCGGGAGGAUGAAGGCUUCAUCAAGGACCCUGAAACACCGCUCCCCACCAAUGACUUCCACCGGCAGUUCUGGCUCCUCUUCGAGUACCCGGAGAGCUCCAGCGCUGCCCGCGGUGUGGCUGUGGUCUCUGUGUUGGUUGUGGUCAUCUCCAUCACCAUCUUCUGCCUGGAAACACUACCGGAGUUCCGGGAGGAGAGGGAGCUGAAGGUGAUGAGAGACCCCAGCCUCAACACGAGUAAGACAGUCCUCUCCCACACCAUGUUCACUGACCCCUUCUUCAUGGUGGAGUCCACAUGCAUCAUGUGGUUCACUUUCGAACUGGUGCUCCGGUUUGUGGUCUGCCCCAGCAAGGCCGACUUCUUCAGGAACAUCAUGAACAUCAUUGAUAUCAUCUCCAUCAUACCCUACUUUGCAACCCUCAUCACAGAGCUGGUCCAGGAGACAGAGCCCAGCACCCAGCAGAACAUGUCCCUGGCCAUCCUGAGGAUCAUCCGGCUGGUGCGGGUCUUCCGCAUCUUCAAGCUCUCCCGGCACUCCAAGGGGCUGCAGAUCCUGGGCCAGACGCUCAAGGCGUCCAUGCGGGAGCUGGGGCUGCUCAUCUUCUUCCUCUUCAUUGGGGUCAUCCUCUUCUCCAGCGCCGUCUACUUUGCCGAGGUGGAUGAGCCAGAGUCCCAUUUCUCUAGCAUUCCUGAUGGCUUCUGGUGGGCAGUAGUCACCAUGACAACCGUGGGCUAUGGUGACAUGUGCCCAGUCACCCCUGGGGGGAAGAUUGUGGGCACUCUGUGCGCCAUCGCGGGGGUCCUCACCAUUGCCCUCCCUGUGCCUGUCAUUGUCUCCAACUUUAACUACUUCUACCAUCGGGAGACUGAGAAUGAGGAGAAGCAAAGCAUCCCGGGUGAAAUCGAUAAAAUCCUCAACAGCGUGGGCUCAAGACUGGGCAGCACGGACUCUCUUAGCAAGACCAACGGUGGCUGCUCCUCUGAGGGGUCCAAGAAGUGA